UUGUAAUUUUCUUUGGAUGAUAUCCACUUUGUGGCCGAAAUGGCUUCCCAUAUCGAUUUUUGCUCUCAAAGUACGAACAUAGGUGACACACUUUGUUGUCCAUAACAACCGAUUAAGCAAAGUUUUAGUGAGAUUUUACAAGGUUGAGAAGGGUACAUUAUCACCAUAAAAUGGCUGUCACUUAUAUGGACCUCAAGUCCAAGCGAACAGAAGCUGUGGCUCCAAGAACUUUGUUUGGAACAUCAAUAGAAAUGAACGAUGGAAAACCUAAUGUUAAUGAGCAGGAAAUCGAGAAGGCAAAUAAAUCCAUAAAGAAACAAGAUAAGACCACUGCCUACAGACCACCCUCGGCAGAUGAGAAACUCAGGUUGAUGAAAGAGGCUAUUGAGCGGCAAGAUUUGAAAGUUAAAUUCGCAGAGGGACGCUUGAAGAACCGGCAGAAUGAUGCACUUUUGUUUAACAUUAACAACGAGCCUGCAUCAGAAACGUCGAGGACAGGGUUUCAUAAAGUGACAGGAGUGUACGAAUCAGAAAGAACUUACUCACCAUACAGAACUGAUAUUAAGCAUCAUUCCAGGGAUAUAGCUAUGGCCGAGGAAUUCAACCGACUAGGCCUUGAUGACAAGUGCGAUUACAACUAUCAACGUUGUCGGCCUAGAGUGAAAUUGGGGUCUUACCAAGGUGUUGGCAAUAUCCUUACUACUGGGAACCUCUUCGCAUAUAAGGGUAAAAAGAUAAGUUCCACUUCAUCCCCUACCCAUGGUAAAUUACGAGGAGAAUUAUCAAGUACUUCAUCUCGUUCUAGCGCAAGCUCUAUCCCACCGAAUAUUAAACACACUUACGGUGAAGAACUUUGUUCAAGAAUAAAAGCAAAUGAAAUAAAAGAAACGAUGACAGCUGAUGCAAAAUCUGCUUCUUCUUCAGCCAAGUUAUCCCCUGAGCCGGAACGUAAUCCCAUGUACGAUGCACUUGGCCAUGCUCUUAGGCAAGACAUCUUUAAUGGUGUACCACAUAACAAGAUGCGAAGUCUUAAUACCGAUUCAUAUACCUUGGAAGUUCACUCCAAAUCAAACAACGCAUACCCUCCUGAGUUUGCAGUUCAAAAGAACAUGGACAGUAAAUGGGCAGAAGAUUGUGUGAUAAGAUCAAGGGUGAUGAAAGAAUGGAACCAAAUGAUGCUGGAGAAACAAGCCAAGGGAACUGACUGAGGAUACAAGGGAAUCCAAAGCACAGACUUAACUGAAGAAGGAAUGACCCCUGGUUCCAAGCAAAAAAGGGACCAAGAAAACAGUGGAGAAGAGUGAAGAUCCAAUGGCUAACAUGACCAAUGGCAUAUCCAGGAGUUUGGAAAUUGGGAGUGGGCGGGUAGGUUGGGAGCGAAGGUGAAGUGUUUGGGGGAUCAGUGAUUGAGUAAGGGGUGGUAACUUACAAAAUAAGGUGAUAUGAGAUGACUUUUUAACUUCUUUAGCAUAUUUUUUGCUUUGAACAUUUUCAAUUGCGGGGGGUGGGGGAAGCAGCAACGGCAACUGGGGCACACUCCUAGAUACGCCACUGAACAUGAUCAGCAUUAUAAGGAAAGAAAAUAUUAAGCCAAAGGAGAUUAUAAUUGAUGCUGUAACACCAGGGUGAGAAAAAGCAAAGGGAGCCCUCUAGUUUGCAGGGAACACCAAGGCACAACACAAACUAUACUAUAAUCUCGCUCUACUUUGAAAGACUCGGAUGUUUCACUACUAAACGUUGUUAUUUUUGCAUGUCGAUGACUGUGAUUGUGAGUUUCCUACUGUUCUAUAGAGCUUGAGGUAGUUCAGCAUUCUUCUUCAUGACCUAACGCGGCAUGUCUUAAAAUGUGAUGGUGGACCUUUUCUACCAUAUUCUCGCAUUAUUUUUCUACACCUGUUAUACUUCUAUUUUUGGAGUUCUUAGGAGGUCGGCUUUACCCAGUAGAACGAAAAAAUUAACAUUUCCACAAAGCACCGCCCCUUGAUGUUGCUGAGGCCCUACAAAAAGAUAGCAUAAGUAUACGUCAAGAUGCGUGUUUGUGGGACACACAUUGCGUGUGGACUACAUUUAGCAAUAUUCUGAUUGGUCAGUUGUUAACUUUGAUUGAAACUCUGGAAAGGGUUCAUGUCAAGCUAUGGCUGUUUUCAUGUUUUUAAACUAAAUUAAAUUAACGAAAAAUUUGGAUUUUGUAUUAGUAAAGCAGAUGAAGCCCUGUUUAGUCAAGGCGAGACGUUUUUUAUACAAAUCCGCCGCCCGCCAGUAAUGAUGAUUUCGAAUAAAAUUUAAAUUUGGCCAAUUAGUGCAACCACCACCAUGAGAAAGUGUAAAUUUCAGAAAGAAAUAGAAGUUUUCCUUUAUUUUUAUUACUCCCGCCGCUGCCUUGAAAUCUUCAAAAAUAAGAUAUGUAUAUUUCUUCCUAAUAAUAUAAAUUUUAAGCAUUUUACCCAUCCAAUUUUUACACUGUCUACAUCCACCACUAAAAUUUUAUUUUUAUUUUUUCCUACAUCUGGAUGUAUUUGGCAAAACUAUUUGUUGAAUAAGAAAACAAAAUUUUAUUUUAUUUUUCCGCUAUCCUGUGACGAUCUUUAAAAUAAGUUCAUGAAACAAGGUAUAAAAAAACGUCUCGCCUAAAGAUAUAAAUAAAACACAAUACCACUCAGUUGACUAAAUUAAAUAUAAUUUCACAAGCUUCCAUAAACAAUCUAUACUGGCAGCAUAGGUAGAGUGAAGCAGUACAAAUAUGAGGUAAAAUAUACUGUAUAAAAAUGCUAUGCUAUAUAUGAACAGUGAAGGGUAUAUGAACAGUAUAUGGUAGACAUUUUUCAAUAUAUCAUAUCUGGAAUAUGUCCACCACAAUAAAUAACAGUAUUAAUUCACAUGUUUUAUCAAGUCUUAUUUUCAUAACAUAUAUAACUUAAAAUACAAUACAAAAUCUUCUUUCUGUGUUCUACAUGGAUUAGGCAUUUAAAAAGUAAUUGAAUAGAUAAUUUUGGCUCUUUGGGUGGUUUAGAUUCAUAUUCACAAUAUAACACUACCUUCAAAGAAUUUGAAAUUUGGCUAUAACUACCAUGUACAUAGAACAACUAUUUAUGGGGGUUUUUGUUUGUUAUUUUAGUCAAGCAUAUUGGAACCUUGGUCUACCAGGGAACAGUUAAAUUUAACUGUUUCCUGAGUCUACCAAAAUUUAAUUUUAGCCACUCCCAGAUGUGGCUCCAUUAGUUAGAAGGCCUAAUUAGUAUAGAGAGUCAUGGCGACUCAUUUUCUGGGCAGUGUUGGCCAUCUCAGAUUUCUGCAAUCUGCAAGUGAUUUUUUUUUUCUUUAGUGGGGGACACCGUAUUCCUACACCUCUUAAAAUGUAGCAAUACUAGCGUUUGGUCGCCAUCUUGGCAGCCAUUUCAAAUUCCUCAAAGUAACAAGAUGUUAGAUGGUAAUAUAUUGAUCUUGUAUAGAGCCAGAAAUUCAUGCACCAAAGUUUGCCUUCUGUCUCAAUAUUGCACAAGAGUACAGCAGCAUUAUAUAUAUUUUUUAAUAUAAUUUAUAUAUAAUUCAUAUAUUUUUUAUAUAAUUCACAUUGAUUUUAACACUGCAAUUAUAAAAAUAUUCAUAGUCAAUCAUUUGGUGUCACAAUGAUUGAUUAAUUUCAAAUAUAUUUCCCAUUCAAAAGAAUAUUAUUUGUAAAACGGGGUCUCAAAGCCAUUAUUUUUACUAAAGAUUUAUAUUAACUAUAUAAUAUAAAAUUAUAUAAUAUAAAAUCAGGCAAAAUUAAUAUUUUUUAUUAAAAAUUUCAAGAUUAAAAUAAAUAAAUAAACAUUUUAGAAAAAAAAAAUAUUUACAUCAAGUGAAAACAGUACUGAUUUUUGGUGUCUGUUGAAAAUAUUAUUUAAGUUUUUGUAUUUACUACAGUAUUAAUUCAGACUUGUAUCUUCAUUUUUAAAAUCGAUAUUUAUUCUAUUUUAUAUUUAGGCUCCGGGCUAAGGAUGUGCCUGUUCAUGAAAAUUGUAAUGCGUCUGAGUAUCUAUCUUCUAAAAUCACAUUCAACCACUCACCCACUCUUGAUCAGUUUUACCCUACUAGGAAUCAGCUAUCAAAUAUUUUAAUUGUUCCUCAUUCAAAUUCAAAUUUCAUACCAGAGCUGCUCAUCUUUGGAACAACCUUUCUCACAACAUUCGUAACAAUUUUGGUUCUCUUUCUAUUAAUGAGUUUUAAAAAUAGAUGCCUUUAUAUGUAUUUAGUAAUACCUUACAACUAUUGGAUGCACACAUUUAAAUAUGGUCUAAAAGGAGAUAGUCUUAACUUAAAUCUUAACUUAAAUAGGUAAAGUAUGGUAUGGUAUGUAAUUAGGGUGAGAAGACACAACAUUGAAUAGACAUUGCACCUAUGAGAUGGCCAGAUAUCAUUUUCAAAUGAUGGCUAAAUAAAAUAAUAAUAAUUUGGUGUAGUUGAACUUUUUUGUUUUGGUUUUUAAGGUAUCAUUUUUCUGCUUUUUUUUUUUAGUAUAGUCUAAUACAGUAUAUGAUUGUGUUUAAAUUGUUUAGGUACAUCUGUAAACAUAUGUAUAUUUUUGCUAUAUUUAUGUACCAGGGCUUCCUUGGAUAUCAGUGCUAGUCAAAGAAUGGUUACACCCUGAUUAAAGAAAGCAUAA